GAAGUGAGGAGAUGGGGUGGUGGAGGGAUAACGAACGGAGAUGCUGAUUUACUCCCACAUGUGAAAACAAAGAGAGUGUUUCUACACACACAGAUGAAAGUUUAACACCAGCUCGACACACAGACGCUCCUCGGACACUCUAUUGUCUUUUACAGAGUGAAUCAAUCAUCCGACAUGGCGAACACGAGUCUUCAGGUGAUGGGUCUGGUGCUGGGCAUCGCGGGCUGGGGUUUCGGUGUCCUGGUUUGUGCCGCCCCCUGGUGGCGUGUGUCUGCGUUCGUGGGGGACGAGCUGGUGGUGUCGCAGGUGCUGUCGGAGGGGCUGUGGAUGACGUGUCUGUCGGAGCGGGGCCGACUGCAGUGUAAAGUCUACGACUCGGGCCUCGCGCUCUCAGGCUCCGCCCAGAUGUGCCGCGGCCUGUGCGUGUUGUCGCUGUUCCUGUGUCUGCUAGCGGUCCCGCUCAGCGUAACCGGGCUGAAGUGCACGCGGGGCCUCGGCGACGCUCACGAAGCCAAGGCUCGGAUGGCGCAGGUCGGCGCGGUGCUUUUCCUCCUGGCUGCGUUUUUAUUCCUAGUGCCGGUUUGCUGGACCGCGCACACCGUGAUUCGGGAUUUCUACGACCCGAGUGUCGCCGCACCGCUCAAACGUGAACUCGGACCUGCGCUCUACCUGGGAUGGGGCGUGACCGCGCUGAUGCUGGUGGGCGGGGCUGUGCUAUAUUUAGGCUCCGCCUCCCCUGGAGCGCCAGCCAUUCCUGUUUUUGGACAAGGAGGAAAAGCAAACCCUCCCUCCACUGCUGAGAGCAAACCGGAGAAAGUAUUUGUGUAAAAGGCGACAUCGUCGCAUAAAAGGUUUAAUCUUCAGAAGUUCAUGUCAUUCAAAAACUGUAUGUGGUUAUUAUUCAAACCGGAGAAGUUCAUCGUGUAAAAGGAGCAAAAAAAGACGUUAACGUAAGAAAACUGUCCUAAUGGUCGCAUGUAAGGUUUAAUCGGUUACAGUUUAUUUGGUAACACUUUAUUUUACGGUGUCAUUUUUAUGGUAAUAACUAUUAAAGGAGUAGUUCACUUUAAAAA